AUGAGUUUCUAUAGUCAGUCGUCUCGGCCACCUACAAAAUCGUCAUACACCAGUACAAGUCAACAUUCAUUAUCAAGAUCCAAUUCAAGUAGAGUUGUUUCAAGUUUGAAUAGAUCUAAAGAACUGCUUUCAGUGGAAGAAGAAUUAAAAGAAUUAUUGAAAAAUUCUCAUUUCAAUGAUAAACAGAAAUUGGCCUUUUGGGAAAUGUUGGAAUCAACUUUUGAUCUUUUCCAAUCUCCUUUACAAAAUGGAUAUCAAAAUGAAUCAUUAAUUGAUUCUUCAUCAUUGGAAUUAUAUAGUAAAAUGCAAUCACUUGUUACUGCUUUAUCAUCAUUGAUCAUGAAUGAAGAAGAAGAAUUGGUAAAGAAUGAAAAAUCUAUAGGGAAUAAAUCUAAUGAUUCAACGGAAUUUUCUGAUGAAGAGAAUGAUAAUAAUAAUAAUAAUUCAAAUUUCUUCAAUGAAGCUAAAUCAACAACAUUCCCUAAAUCUGCAUCUAUAUCAAACUUAAGAAUUUCUUCCCAGAAUAAUAGUAGAAGAUCAUCAAUAAAUCAUCCACUUCAUAACAAUUCUGAAUCAAGAAGAUCAUCAAUAUAUUUCAAAAAUUCACCAAAUUUACAACAUACUCAAUUACAUUCUCCUCACCAAUUUGAAUCAAAUCCAUUAUCAUCAAGAUCAAAUUCAAUACGGCAAAAUGAUAAAUCAUAUCAUGGAUUAAAACAAGAUCAUGGUAAUAAUCAUUUGAAAAAUUCUUUCAAAGCUUUACAAACUCCAAUUCCAAGAUCAUUUUCUGGUAGAUCUGAAAGACCAAAAUCUAUGUAUGUUGAAAAUCAAACUCCACCAUUACCUUCUUAUUCAUCACCAUUAAGAAGUAAUUAUGAUCAAUUUAAUCAAGAAUUUGGAUCUGAAACAAGUUUUGAUAAUACUGCAGGACAAAGAUCAAAUUUUGGUAGACGUGAUUCAAAUUUAUCAAAUAUUUCAUCAAGAUCUGUUAAUAAAUCGAAAAGAUAUUCAAUGAGAUUUUAA